AGUGUGAUGAUGUUCUGUUAAACAGUCUAGUGUCUCUCUCUCUCUCUCUCUUUCUGUAUCUCCCUCUCUCUCUCUUUCUCUCUCUCUUGCUUCCAAGCUUUAGAUAAAACCAGUGUCUUUUUUAAGAGGGAGAUAACACGGCAAUAAGGCUCCUUGAAGCCUAGCCAAGAGAAAAGAAAAAACACACAACCUGCUAAGGCUUUUUUUUUAAAAACUCCUCAUUUGUGAUUGAUGCCCAGGUCUAUAUAGAAGCCCAGUUGGAGCUUGCAGAAUAACAUCUUCAGAUUGCAUACAAGGAAAUAACUGAAGGAGUCUCAGUCCACGAAGGACAGAAAUAAAACUAAAUCUUUGCUCUGUAUGUUUCAAAAAGGAAUGGCUUUCCCUUCAUCUGGGUGGCAAAGCGAACAACUUUAAAAUACUUAAUAUUUUGACCUGCCAAAAAUACGUAAAUGGUUUUUUCAUGAACAUUGCUGAUCAAAAAGUAAACUCCUACUGAAUUGGCAAAAGAAGAGGAUUCCAUAGGGCAGGCAGUCAAUUUGACUGGAGCAAAGAAACAUUAAGGAUACAUCCUUCAAAAGCAGUCUGGUGUGGAAAUUUUACGCUCUUAUUGUUUGUGCCGGAAGAUUCAAGUGCAGGGCUUCAGGAAGAAUGCAUUUGGAGUUCUGAAGGAAGGAAGGCGUCAUCCACUUAGCCCAGAUCAACUAAAUCAACUCUAGUGAUCCUGUAAAGGAAAGGAGGACAUCCGCAUACUAGAUUAUCUUGAAUCUGGUGGCCCUGUGAGAAAAUGACUGAAGGUCGCAGGGAAGCACUGGCAGCGCCACCAUCGACUGCUACUGCGUCAACCACCAUCACUAAUGCCACACAUCCAGCUGGUCCUGGGGAAGCAGGGAAGGAGAAUGGCUUCUCUAAGAUGAAGGACAAGUUCAUGAAUGAGCUGAACAAAAUUCCACUACCUCCAUGGGCCUUAAUAGCCAUAGCCAUUGUAGCUGUCCUGCUGAUUCUUACCUGCUGCUUUUGUCUCUGUAAGAAGUGUUUAUUCAAGAAAAAGAACAAGAAGAAGGGCAAAGAAAAGGGCGGCAAAAAUGCAAUUAACAUGAAAGAUGUCAAAGAUGCGGGCAAAAACAUGAAGGAUCAGAUGCUGAAGGAUGAUGAUGCAGAGACUGGGCUAACUGAUGGUGAAAAAGAAGAUGAACCCAAAGUGGACGAAAAACUUGGGAAACUGCAAUAUUCUCUGGAUUAUAAUUUCACAGAAAACCAGCUUAUUGUGGGGAUUAUUCAAGCUGCAGAACUGCCAGCCUUGGAUAUGGGAGGAACGUCUGAUCCUUAUGUGAAAGUCUAUCUGCUUCCUGAUAAGAAGAAAAAAUUUGAGACAAAAGUCCACAGAAAAACCCUUAAUCCCAGCUUUAAUGAGCAGUUCAUUUUCAAGGUGCCCUAUGCUGAACUGGGAGGAAAAACAUUGGUGAUGUCAGUUUAUGAUUUUGACCGAUUUUCCAAGCAUGAUAUCAUUGGGGAAAUUAAAGUGCCUAUGAACACGGUCGACUUUGGUCAUGUAACUGAAGAAUGGCGGGACCUUCAAAGUGCUGAAAAAGAAGAGCAAGAGAAGCUGGGUGAUAUUUGUUUCUCUCUCCGUUACGUGCCUACUGCUGGCAAGCUGACUGUUGUCAUUCUGGAAGCAAAGAACCUGAAGAAAAUGGACGUGGGUGGUUUAUCAGAUCCUUAUGUGAAAAUCCACCUGAUGCAGAAUGGCAAAAGACUGAAGAAGAAGAAAACGACAAUCAAAAAGAACACACUCAACCCAUAUUACAAUGAAUCAUUCAGCUUUGAAGUGCCAUUUGAGCAAAUUCAGAAAGUGCAAGUUGUUGUGACUGUUCUGGACUAUGACAAGAUAGGCAAGAAUGAUGCCAUCGGCAAAGUCUUUGUAGGUUACAACAGCACUGGCACGGAGCUGCGGCAUUGGUCAGACAUGUUGGCCAACCCACGAAGACCCAUCGCACAGUGGCAUGUUCUAAAGCCAGAAGAAGAAGUAGACGCAAUGCUUGCACCGAAAAAAUAAAGAGAAGCCUUUCGAUACUGAACCCAUGUAGUGCUCUUUAGAACGUAUGUGUAAAUACCUCAGUAGUAUGGGUCCAUUCACUUCCAUCUUUUGCCAUGUUUUUUCUUCUUUGGUUCUUACGCUCCCCUGCCCCUUUUCAAAAAAGGAAAAUGAAUAGUGUUUUGUUUUUCUCCUUCAGAGUUUAGUUCCUUUUUUGCAGAUGUGUGAGCCCAUUGAAUCCGCAUCAGUACUUUUGAGUUCUCUUGAACAUUUCUCCCAAAUCUCCCCUUCUUUUAAGCAAUAUGAUCUGUGUAGAUAGAGCAUGACUGAAUUUGUUUAUUGUAUCACACAGUUGUACAUAGCAGUAUGCUGACAAAUGAUUUUUAGUCUUUGUGUUUGUAUGUUGUUUAGCGUUUCCUAAUUUGUGUAUAACUUGAUGUUUUUAAUAAGAUGUUCUAUUUUAAACUAUGUAAAUGGACUGAGAUAUAGGAAAGCUGAUAUUGUAUAUUAUAGAAUUUAAAAUUCUAUCCUACUGCAUUCCAGUUAAAAUUCCAACCUGCGAGACACUAGUGUAAAGGACAGAGCCAGUCUGUAUGUUUACUUACUGAACCAUCAUUAAAAACAGAAAACAAGUAAAGGCCAUUAACUACUAUGGUUACUCACAUACCAUCCACCCACCCACACACACCCACACACACACCCACCCACACACACGCACACGCACACACACCCACACGAGCUAGAAAUCAUAUAAGCACAGGGUUUCUUAGGACUUUUUAUACAAUAUUUUUCAUUCAAAAAACUCUAAAACUUUUUUUUGGGUAUUGUUCCACUCCUGGACCAGCUGGUUACUUUGUCUGCCAUUGGUCCUCAUUUAAGACAGACUUUUAUUUCCAUGGUCUCAGUUCUUUUUAUUAGUCAGUAUGAUCAAACCCUGCAACUAAUCCUCUUGCAAAAAGAAAAGAGAUGAUAGCCAUUGCCUCUUUUAUGAUGUUAAAUGUAUAGUAACUAUCGCAUUAAUGGUAGAUGUGCUAGCGUAUGGAAUAGGGUUAACUCUCUGGGGUAGGGGGUGGAAUCUCCACACUAGCUUUACAAUCAAUAUUUUUAGAUAAAGUUGUCUGGGUGUUUUUUUAGUAAUUGCAUGAUUUUUUUAACAAUCUUUUGCUAAUUACCUUGACAAAGGGAUGGGGAGUUGCAUUUCAAAUGGGGGUCUUUUUAUAUUAAUUCCUUUGCCUUCAACCAAUGAAAAAAAUGCGAAACGACAAAAGUUUACUUCUUGCUCAAGAGGAAAGAAAAGUACAAACUGUUAAUUUGUUUGUAUAAAAAGGUAAUGAUCAAAAAAACCUAAAGAUGAUCAUUUUUAAACACUGCCAUUUUCAGGGAGGUAAUACCAGUAACCUUGUGUGUGAAUCUCUUUUCUUUGAACAAUUUUUGCUGAUAGCACUUGUUUUACCGUUCAAAGUUGUGCUGAGGUUAGCAGCCAAUAUACAGUACAUCACUGCCCUCAUACAGCAGCAUUGCUGCCCGCCGUGUUUACUCGGCUUUAUUCUACUGCAAAUCCACCGUAUACAAGAUAAUACAGUGUGCACAUUUGUCUUCGCCCAGCAUGUAAAGAAACAAAACCAUGACAAAAAUAGUUUGCAGUUAUAUAACGUGAAUUUCUACAUGGUAUUUGACUAAGUCUCCCUGAAACAAAAAAACAGUUUCUCACAUUGUUUCACCAAAAAUGAAGAAUGUUUGCCACCAGUGUCUCGUUAGAACAAUUAUUUACUGAAAAAGAAAGGAAACUAUUUCUUGAUCUGUGUGUAUCUAUGCGCAUGUAUUGAUAAAAAUACAUGCAUAUACAUACACACACAUAAACAUAUAUUAUAUAUUAUAUAUAUUCACACACACAUUAUAUACACUGCACUGAAUGUCCAAAAAUAAUGGAACCAUUCCAGACUAUUGUAUGCUAUGACUUGACAAGCAAAUAACGUAUAUUUUUCCCUAAUAAAUUAAGAGAAACCCCAAAGCCAUUCAAUCCAUAUGUCAUAUUGCACCUUUAACCACAAACUCCAUCAUAGGCUCCAUAAUGGAGCAAACAUAACUACAGUCCAUUAAUGCUGAGUUUCUUGUUCAAACACAUCUGACUGGGAUGAUUCUUUAUGUCUCAGUUUUUCCAGCAUAGGCAAUGCUUUUCACAUAUUCUCACAAUGCACUGCAAGACAAAAAAUUAUCUCUGCUGAUUCACUGACUGAUGUGUACAUAUAAUAGAUACCAGUGAUAAUGAAAAGGUACAGAGAAAAUACAUUACUCUUCUACAUUUCCAUGCAAAGACUGCAGACGUUUCUUUAUUAUCAAGUUAACAACAAUAUCUUGAGAUAUUAUUUUUGGUUCACUUCUGUGCAUGUGUAUGUACAGUAUGAAUCUGUAUGAGUAUAUAUAUAGGAACAGAGAGAAUUUUGUAUCUAUUUCCUAUUUAGUGUUGCUCAUAUCUAUCUGUCUGUCUAUCUAUCUAUCUAUCUAUCUAAAUAUAUAUACUGUAUACACAUUGAUACAUACAUUACAGAACAAAUAUAGUGUGUAUCUAUUUAUUUAAACUUUGGAUGUGUGUAUAUAUAUAAAUAUAGGUGAAACAUUAAUCUCAAUAUGAAACAUAAUAAAUUUUGAAGUAGGCUCAACAGCAGUCUUUUUAAAUAUAUCAAAAACCGUAAAAGUUAAUGGUCUGCUUUAGUCAAGAUUAAACAAAAAAACAGUGAAGAUUUAAUUUGUCCUUUACUACGGGUUAACAAGAGGAACACUAAGUGAAAAGUUCAAGUGAAUUAACACAAAUUGUCUUACCUCUUUGAGGAACCUCUUGUGAAUACUAGAUGUUUGCUUCAGGAGGAGUUUCUAAAUGUUUUCAAUGUUAUUAUGUAGUAAAUGGCACUAUUCUGAAGCUAUUAGUCAUUCCAUAAGAGUCUCCAAGGACCGCUUUGUGUAUCACUGUGACUGCCGUGUGUGCUUAGAAAUGUAGAUUACUCAGUGGAUAGCGACCAAUUUAUUCUGUAGAAGUGAUAUUGUAUAAAAAAAAAAAAAGAAGAAGAAAAACUGCCAUUCCCUUCUGCUGCACUGCCGAGAGAGCGAGCAUAGCACAAACAGUUCUAAUAACCCUGGACCAAUCAAGAACUGAAAGGGCUAUGCAGAAGAAAUACAGGCUUAAACUAGAGCGGGUCAAAUCACACAGCGUUUUGUUGAGCACUGUGCAAUAUUAUGUAUGUUCAUUACAUAGUGUUAUGUGGGCUGUGGUGCCCAAGUAUGACAUUUCUUCUUUAUUACUGAUUAACAUUUUUUUUUAUUUUCAAAGCAAUGGUUAGAACACAGCACACGUAGCUCCUAUUUACAAAGAGCUGAACACUUGUGUUUCCCCUUUUCCUUCCUUGAAUGCAGAUCUAAGAGAAACACAUUCAGGAAUUACUUUUUGAGAGUCGCCUGUAAGCACAAAAUGUUGCUUUUCUUGGCAAAACGAGAGUCGUAUGACCGUCUGUGUUAUCGUAUGUUCUUAUCGGUAUAGUUGACGCAUCUUUCUUAAUCCGAGUGAAGAAAAACUGCUCCUUGAAUGUAUACCUGAAUUGUGGCUUUUUUGUGUUAAUCAGAUUACAGACUGCUUGUUUAGCUGUUGCAAUAAAUGCAGAUCACUUUACAAUGAUUAUGAUUUUGAGUAACUUGUAAAAAGUUUAAGAACCCAAGUGUAUUUGUUGUAUGUUCUGUUAUGUUGUUUCUAAUAUAUAUAUAUAUAUAUAUAUAUAUAUAUAUAUAUAUAUAUAUAUGUGUAUAUAUAUAUAUAUAUAUAUAUAUAUAUAUAUAUAUAAAAUGCAUAGUAUAAAUAAAAAAUGAUAAAACUUUCCCCAUUAAAUGGGAGGGGGGUUAUUGUUUCUAUUGUGAAUCAAGAUUAUUUUAAAGCACUAAUAUUUAAAUAUUGUUUAGGCACCUAGGACAAGGGAUACCAUUUGUGUUUCAAAGAAAUUAAAUGAUUACAAGUAACAUCAGCUUUCACCUUGUGGCAUAUAAUUCCUAUAAUGCAUAUAUCAUUUUCAUCAUAUUGUAUAUAAUAUAAUUUAAAAAAAUCAUAUCAGUACAUUUUUGGGAAAGCAUUGCAUUUUGCAAGAUCCGACAGCAGGGUGUCAAGCGCACCUUGUGAAAAGCCAUUAAUCUGCAAUGUAGUGCAAUGUUUUCUUAGCCAUCACCCAGACCUGCCAGAUUUCUUCACAGUGACCCCCUCCUGUACUUGCUGUGUGACCAAGGCAUUUCAUCCUCACACCACCCCCACCUCCAACACAUUCCCCUCACAAAAUACAUGAAAGCCACACUUAUCUUUUUGACAAAGCUGUGUAAAGUAUUAGAAUCUGAUGCUGUAGGAAGAUCCUAGUUGCCUUUGUGUAUAUUAACUGCCUGCUUGAGUAUUUUGUGUGUGGAGAUUUUCUCUGUAAUCUUGUAGAAACGUAGGGGUGUUUCUUCCUGCCAUACGGCUUGGUACAUUGCGAGCCGACAAUUAUAUAGCUGUGUAUACCUUCAUUUUUGAUGAGGUGUUUUCCAAUUUUGUUUCACUUUGUGUAGUGAUUCAUACUGUGGAGUUUCCUGAUUGUUGUUAUAUAACUUACUAUACACAAAUGUUCAAUAAAAAUGUUUUAUUUCCUGUU